CCGGGGAGGCAGCGCGGGGCGGGGCGGCGGCGGCCAUGUUGCGCGGGAGGCUGGGCCGAGGCGGGUGCGCGGCGCUGAGGGCUGCUGCCCGGCAUGGAGCUGGGGCGGCUGGAGUACCUGCAGGCGCUGGUCACCGAGUUCCAGGCGACCGACAGCCCAGACGCCAAGGAGCAGGUCCUGGCCAACCUGGCCAACUUCGCCUACGACCCGCACAACUACGAGCACCUGCGGCAGCUGCAGGUGCUGGACCUCUUCCUGGACGCGCUCACCGAGGACAGCGAGGCCCUGGUGGAGUUCGCCAUGGGUGGCCUUUGUAACCUGUGUCUGGAUAAAACUAACAAAGACUACAUCUUGGAGGCAAAUGGGGUAGAGCCCGUAAUAAACUGCCUGUCCAGUUCCAACGAGGAGACAGUGAUGUCGGCAGUCACGACGCUGAUGUACCUGACAACGCCGCAGUCGCGCCAGCAGACCACGGCUCUGCCGGUGGUGGAGUGCAUGCUUCGCUUCUCUCUCUCAGCUAGCAGAAGGCUAAGCAAUCUGGCAACGGUCUUCCUUGAGGAUUACUGCACACCUCUCCAAGUGGAAGAGGCCAGGAAUCUAAGCAAACACACAGCAGUGGGGAUUCCUCUCCCUAAGGACUGAAGCUGCCCAGAGAGCAGCUUGGAGCUGUCACAAGGGAGGCCUCCCUCUUCGCUUCCCAGCCUUCCGAUUUCUGCUCAGCAGGUCAAGAGUGUGGUGGGAGCAACUUUAAACAGAUCGUCAGACCAGCGCUGGGUUUUAAUAUUAAUACAGAGGAAGGAACAGUGCUACAAAGUGAAUCAGGCUAGACAUGAAACUAAAAAAAUAAAAUUUUAAAUAAAACAGGUCAUGGCUGUUGGAGAGCAGGCUGACGAGUGCAGCCCAGCACCCAGCUUGCAAAGGUAACCUUUCCCAGCAAUUAGCCUUUGCUGCUCAUGUUAUUAUCAGACAGCCUACAUCCCUUCCAGUUCCUGGCUGUUUUUUUAUGAUUCUGAAGUGUCACAUAAACUUUAUUCUUCCUGCAGAAGAAAGAAGGCGUUUCCCUGCCCCUGCAACUUGCAGGCUUAUUAUAUCCCUUUGGUAUCAAGUAUGGCAUCCUGUCAUCAUGCCAUAGGCUCCUGGCUAGUUAAUCACUAUACAGGACAGGUCAUAGCUGUGCUUCAUAUGAGGAAGUGGAAAAUUAUAUUUCUUUCAUUAUCACUAGUGAAAAAGGUGAAGAUUUAAAAAACAGCUCAUGGCAGUCUGGCUCAAAAGAACAGCUGUCUUGUAAAACCUACUCUUAAUAAAACAUUAACUUAAA